CUCAAUAAAUACCCGCGUAGGAGAUGGAUUUAUGGUCCAACUCUUAAUUCGGAAGCCAAGUCCAAAAUUGUUUUAGGGUUUUAGACUUGUGAAGAGGGCGGCUCAAGAAAAAGCCCAUCUUUUCCUUCUCUGUCGUCUCCCUCCUCUAUAUUUCUUUCUCGCCAAAUUCAAAAAUUAAGUUUGGGGAAAGGGUUUAAUCCCUAAACCCCUUACUCGUCCGCCACCAAUUCCGAUUUCCGAAGGCGGAUUCGCAAGGCUUUCAAUGGCCACCGUUGUUGAAGAGAACAGCUUGACUCCAAUUUCAACAAACACAAAGCCUAUGAAACGCAGGAGGAAGAAAUCUAUGGUUUGGGAUUACUUCACUAUCGGCGCAGCUGAUGGGGACAGCAUAAAGGCCUUUUGUAAGCAAUGCAAAAAAUCAUUUGCCUACAAGACUGGCCCAAAGCUUUCUGGUACGAGCCACCUCAAAAGACAUGUUGACAUGGGAAUUUGUCCAGUGGGCCGACUGAGUCAGGAGAAUAAUCAAGCAGCUGUAUGCACCCCAAAUUCAGAUAGCAAUGGAUCACUAGAUGCCAUUGAUCAGCCUAGAAAGCGUCGAAAGAAUGCAACUGCACUUGCAAAAGUUUCCUUUGAUCAGGAACGUUGUAGUCAUGAGAUGGCCAAAAUGAUCAUCCAACAUGACUAUCCCUUACACAUGGUGGAACAAUCCGGCUUUCAGGGUUUUGCACGUGCUCUGAACCCUCAGUAUAACUUAGUCAACAUGAAUACAUUACAGAACCAUAUCGUAAGAAUUUACUCAAGAGAAAAACAAAAUCUUCUGAAUAUUCUAAGAGGAAUUCAGGGUCGGGUUAGCCUUGGGUUGGAUUUGUGGACAUCAGAUCAAGCCACAAGUUAUGUAAUAAUAACGGGGCACUUUGUUGAUUUUCAGUGGAAGUUGCAGCGAAGGAUCCUUAGUGUCAUCACUUUGCUAAAUGAUUCUGAAUUUGCCUUGAAAGAUGCAAUUAAUGCUUGCCUAAAAGAUUGGUGUCUGGAGAGCAAACUAUUUGCUCUUACUCUUAAUCAACCUAACAGCAGUGAGAAGGUCCGGGGCAGUCUCAGAAGUCUUUUAUCAGUCCAGAGGUCAGGUGAACUCUGUGACCAGAAUUCAGGUAUACUUGAGGGCCAGCUAAUAACAGGCAGUUGUUAUGCGCGUGUCUUGAGUAGUUUAGUGCACGAAGCUUUAGAGGCAAUGAAGUUUAUUGUGGAAAAAGUCCGUAGAAGUGUGAAAUUUGUGAUGUUUUCAAAAGGUCUCCCAGAAAAAUUUUCCGAAGUGAAAGAGCAACUCCAAGUACCAAGCACGAGGACCUUAAUUCUGGAUGAGAAAACCAGCUGGAAUACUACAUAUGAAAUGCUAGUAGCUGCUUCUGAAUUAAAGGAAGUGUUUUCUUGCGUAGACAUCUCUGGUGCAGAUACUCCAACAGUGGAUGAGUGGAGGCAAGUUCAAACUCUAUGCUCAUAUUUGAAGCUUAUGCAUGAUGGUAUGAGCAUUCUGACUAUAGGAUCAUACCCAACUUCCAAUAUGUUUUUUCUGGAAGCAUGGAAAAUUUUGCUUGAACUGGUGAAUGCUUCCAUGAGCCACGAUCCGUUCAUCAGCAGCCUGGCAACACCUCUAAAGGAUAAAUUUGAAAGAUACUGGAACGAUUGUUACCUGAUUUUAGCAGUAGCUGUUUACAUGGAUCCCAGAUGUAAGAGGCAGUUUGUGGAGAUGGGGUUAUCCAGAUUAUAUGGUGAGAACGCUGGUGCUUGGAUCAAGUUUGUUGAAAGAGCAGUGCAUGAUCUGUAUCACGAGUAUAUUUUACAGCAACCACCUCCACCAAUAACAGAAGCAUUUGGGGAAGAUGAUCACGAAUAUGCUAUAAAAUCUGAAUUGCAUACUGAUCCAGAAUAUGAACUUAUUGAUGUAGACUUUGACUUUUGUGUGUCUGAUUUGAAAUCAGAUUUGGAUCUGUACCUGGAAAGACCUGCUUUGCCUCCUGUACAGGAUUUUGAUGUGUUGGGCUGGUGGAGAGAAAAUGAAAAGGAUUACCCUACCCUAUCCAUCAUGGCUUCAGAUAUAUUGUCAAUUCCUCUGACAACAACUUCACCAGAUUCUGUCUUUAGUACUGCUGAGGGCCAGAUGGAUAGUUUGAGAAGCAGAUUAAGACCAACUACGGUGGAAGCCCUAAUAUGUGCCAAGGAUUGGUUGAAAUAUAGCUCUUGCGAUUUUGCUUCUGAUGCAGAUCAGACGACAACUGUUAAAAGUGAAAGUUAGGCUUUAUAGCUUUGUAGGUACUAACGAUUAACUACAGAGUUUUUCUCUUUUACCUUUUUCUUUGUUAUAGGAAUUUUUUCUUUAAACAGAUCAGUUCAUUCUUUGGGGGUAAAUUUCUUCUCUUCUUCAUUAGAAGUUUUUUUCUUUUCGCUUUGAGAUUCUUUUCGUUGUAUAAUAUCAGAUACCUGACUCACAAGAUGUUUUGGCACUUGCCGAAUAAGAUGGGGUAAAUUGCUAUAUUAUAUUGUACCAAAUAGACGUGCUCUUCUCUCUGUUUUGGUAUCAACUACUCAAUCUGCACUGUAAUUAUAAACAUCGCAGCAGCAGUGCAAAGAAACACUGAGAAACUAUCAUAGGAAAAGGGCAAAUUCUGAUCAAACACAGUUGAUCUGGUAAAUUAUGCUAGUACUAGUAGUAUAGCUACAAGGAACACUUUCAGAAAAAAAAGAUGCCAAACUAUUAUCCCCUCUCAAUUAGAGCCAGGAUCAAGCACAGGAAUCCGGCAAUGAAGACUAAUCGACUUAUCAUUCUGUCGAGUACCUGGAACGACGAACUGAAAAAUCACAGUCAAGCAAGAACCCUGUGAAGUGAUUCCAUAGAAAGCACAAUCAGGCUUGGCCAAAUGACAUUGAAGACUCUUGAAAAAAUGCUUCACGCUAACUUGCACCGACAUGGCAUCACCCCUUUUAAUAGCCCUUCCAGACCUAGUUUGAACACUCAAAUUUCCUUCCCCUCCAGGUGCAUCUGCUUUUUCCCCCAAAACCAAUAGCUUCCUAAACUCAGCCCCUAAAGUGAUCAAAGACGUCGAAAUCUGCAGAUGCAGAUCGCCGUAUUUGGUUAUAGACACAUUCAUCACAUCCCCAACGUGCUUCAUUCUAUCCACGAACUGAUCCAGCUGAUUCAGAUCCUUCACUCUGACCAAAGUCUUGGGCAUUUCCUGGGCUGAAUCCAGAGCAGCUUCAAGUUCUGCCAAUUCACUCCUGGUCAAAGGUUUUGAAAUGGGCACAUCUUGAAUCACAGCAGAUUUAUACCCUUUAGUCUCAAACGUCAGAAACGGCGACGGCUGCUGUGAAUGGGCCGGCAAUUUCUUAACCAGCUUAAUCUGAAGCCGAUUCACCACCGGCCCACCGAUAACAUGGCUGCUAAACUCGGCGUAAACGUUGAUUAUGCUGCGAAGGGCUCGGUGAAGGAGGGAGAGAUCGAUGGUGAAAGCAAUUCUGUUGUCGUUUUGGCUAGAGAUGUGAUAAUCUUCGAAAAGGGCUUCUUUCUUGAACUCGGCUACGGAUUGGAUUCCGUCUCCGUUGAGGAGAUUGUGGAGGAAGUAUACGGUUUCUUUGGUGAAAUAGAGAUGGCAGGUUUUCCCCAGUUUGUCUAGGGCUGGUAAAAUCCUCUUCUCCAAGAGGCUGACUCCAUGAUCGGUUAAGAAAGCUUUGAACUUCAUGAAUUUCUUUGUUUCCGAAUUCCGAUACUGGUUCAAACUGAUGGAUCUAAUUCACAGAGAUAGAGACAGAGCUCAGAGCGGGUGGACUAAUUGUUGAUUUAUUUGCUGGGUUUUCUUUUAAGAUGUUGGUUGUGGAGAUGGCGGGAGAACUGCGAAGAGGAAGUGUAUAUUGGAGGGAAAACUCAACAUUUAGCGCUUUUAGUAUGUGAAAAAUGAAAAUCGCGCAGAGAAAAGCGUUGCGCUUAUAGGUUUUUUUUUUAAUUAUUGGUAUUAUUAUUAUUAUUUUUUUUUUAUCCAUGGCUUUUACAUUGGAAAAAAUGUUUCCAAAUCCAAAGU